UCAAGUCAGCAAAGUAUGUUGAGUUGUGUUAUUUUUCUCAUUUCCUUUUCUAUUCUUACAGCUUUGCCAACUGUUACAACUGAGAACAGUAAUUCCUCCAAUGAAGGUCCUGUUAGACUUGUUGUGGCAACUCUGGUCAUUCUCUUAACCCUGAAUGCCCUGCUGUACUACAAACUUUGGGCAUUGGAGGAAAAGGUGUUUGUACAUACCACACCAUUCCCAGCUCUCGAUCCAAGCAUGUUUAGACCGGGGACAGGAAGUGGAGCCCUGGAAGAAUGGGUACGAAUAUGCAACAGCAAGAGGCUCUUCAUGCGGCGGAAGUGGAAAGAUGGAGGAAAUCCAUAGAAGAAGCAGCAGGAUUCCUCAGAAAA